GGGCUCGCCGCGCGCCGGUGAGUCAGGCCGGGUUUUCCCUCCGCCUCUGGGGCAGGCGAGCGAGCGCCGCCGAGCGCGUCCCUCCCUUGCCAAUCCGGCUCCGGCGCCCGCCCGCUCGCCCGCCCGCGUUUUCCCGGCGCCUGCCGCACGGCCGCUCCGACCCGGGUCGCAGUCUCGCCGGAGCCGGCGUGUUGGAGGAGGGUUCAGAUCCGCGCGAAGGAACUGCAUUGGGCGAAGGGUGCGGCGCGGCGGGCCGGCUAGCGCGGCGGCAGUAUGAAGCAGCUGCCUGUGCCCUGUUGAAACUUCAUGGCCACAGCUCCAGGCCCUGCUGACAUUGCCAUGGGCAGCGUGGGCAGCCUGUUGGAACGGCAGGACUUUUCCUCUGAAGAGCUACGGGCAGCACUUGCUGGGUCCCGGGGCUCCCGCCAGCCUGAUGGGCUCCUCCGGAAGGGCUUGGGCCAGCGUGAGCUCCUCAGCUACCUACACCUCCCCAAGAAGGAUGGCAAGACCACCAAGCGCGCCCCUCGGAACGAGCCUGCUGACUAUGCCACCUACUACAGGGAACAUCCUUGGGCUGGUGACUUCAGUAAGACUUCUCUGCCUGAGCGGGGUCGCUUUGACAAGUGCCGCAUUCGUCCAUCUGUGUUCAAGCCUGCAGCGGGCAAUGGGAAAGGCGUCCUGUCCAUGCAGAGCCUGGCAGCCCAUAAGGGCCAGAAGCUGUGGCGCAGCAAUGGCAGCCUGCACACGCUGGCCUGCCACCCGCCCCUUAGCCCAGGGCCCCGGGCCAGCCAGGCCCGUGCUCAGCUGCUUCACGCCCUCAGCCUGGACGAGGGCGGCCCCGAGCCCGAGCCCAGCCUGUCUGACUCCUCCAGUGGGGGUAGUUUUGGCCGCAGCCCUGGCACGGGCCCCAGCCCCUUCAGCUCCUCCCUAGGCCACAUUAACCGUCUUGGCGGCUCCCUGGACCGGGCCUCAAGAAGCCCCAAGGAGGCCGGGCCGCUGGCUGUGCUGGGCUGCCUGCCCGAGCCACCGCCACCCUAUGAGUUCUCCUGCCCCACCGCUGAGGAGCUGGUGGCUGUGUUGCCCGAGACCUCUGAGGAGCUGAAGAGGGGUCUUGGUGUUGAGGAUGGCUCCAACACCUUCACACAGGUGCUCGAGGAGCGCCAGCGGCUGUGGCUGUCUGAGCUGAAGCGCCUGUAUGUGGAGCGGCUGCAUGAGGUAGCCCAGAAGGCUGAGCGCAGCGAGCGCAACCUCCAGCUGCAGCUGUUCAUGGCCCAGCAGGAGCAGCGGCGCCUGCGCAAGGAACUGCGGGCUCAGCAGGGCCUGGCCCCCGAGCCUCGGCCUCCUGGCACCUUCCCAGAGGCCGACCCCAGCACACGACCAGAGGAGGAAGCCCGAUGGGAGGUGUGCCAGAAGACAGCGGAGAUUAGCCUCCUGAAGCAGCAGCUGCGGGAAGCCCAAGCGGAACUGGCCCAGAAGCUGGCCGAGAUCUUCAGUCUGAAGACGCAACUUCGGGGCAGCCGGGCACAAGCCCAGGCUCAGGACACAGAGCUGGCCCAGCUGCGGGAGGCCGUGCGCAGCCUGCAGGAGCAGGCCCCUCGGGAGGAGGCCCCAGGCAGCUGUGAGACCGAUGACUGUAAGAGCAGGGGGCUGCUGGGGGAGGUAGGAAGCAGUGAGGCCCGAGAUGGUGCUGAGCAGCUGCGAGCUGAGCUGCUGCAAGAGCGGCUCCGGGGUCAGGAGCAGGCGCUGCGCUUUGAGCAGGAGCGGCGGAUUUGGCAGGAAGAGAAGGAACGUGUGCUGCGCUACCAGCGGGAGAUCCAGGGGGGCUACAUGGACAUGUACCGCCGCAACCAGGCACUGGAGCAGGAACUGCGGGCACUGAGGGAGCCCCCCAAGCCCUGGAGUCCUCGGCUAGAGUCCUCCAAGAUCUGAGGCCAGCGGAGCGAGCUGACAGCAGAAACACUGUCAGAAGGUGCCCUGAGACGCCGGCUCAGCCCUCCCUUAUGCUGGUCUAGGGCGGCAUCUGCAGAGGCCAGCCCAGGGCGGGGGAGGCCCGUGGAGAGAAGGGAUCCAGUGGGGCCGUGGGCUGGGCAGGGUGCCUGCAGCAGGAGCCGGGGCAAGACCCUCCUGGUGGAAGAGCACUCAGGCAGGGCCCAGCUCUGCUCCCUGGAGUGGGUGUGGCCCAGGGCAGGAGGCCAGGGAGUCUGGAGCCCGGCAGUGCAGAAGGGCAGGCAUGAGGGAGGGAGGCUGCAGCCCUGGGCCAAGGCCAUCUCCACAGAAGGAGCCUGGGCUGGGAACAUUGACCUCCCUCAGGAUGAAACCAUGUUUUUCACGAGGAGUCCCCGGGGGAUAGGUUGAGCCUGUCCCUGGCCUGAGUCCAGAGGACUGUGGAUGGGGUUGGGCAUUGACCAGGGCUGCAGCUCAUCCCAUGGCUCCCCGCACCUGUCUGGCGUCUGCUGGGCGUGUGUGUUGGGGCGGAGGGGUCGCACUCCCUGCCCCAGCGGCACACAGUUCUCAGCUGCUGUGUGGGCUGAGAUUCCUUUCUUCAGCACCACUGGAUUUUUCAGCAGGAACAAUACUGGAAGCUCCAGAAAAAUAAAAGGGCAAGUCAACCAAGCCACUUUGAGAACGUGAAACGUUCUCUUGGUGGGAAAUCUGGGCCCCAGGUGCCUCCGUCCCUGCUGGGGUUGGGGCCAGCCUAUGACAGCCUGGGCUGGAGCCUCCAAAGGCCCUGCCCUCCCCUCCCAGAACCCACCUCCGUCUUUCUGUCUGGCUGCGGGCACCUCCCUCCAUAGAGGUGGGGGCCCUAGGAAGGUGCAGGGGAAGAGGUGGGGAAGCUGUGGGCACUGGUAAAGGGCCUCUACCACAGCAAGGAAUGGGAACGUUUCCCCAUAGGCAGUGGGACUGUGGGAUAAAAUAUGACUGAUUUGUACUGUGGAAAAUACUCUCCCAGAAGGAAGCACCCUGUCUCCUGUCCUGUAAUAGGCUCCAGGACUGCCAGUCAAUUCUGAUCCCUGCUCUUAGCUAAGGCUUGUCCCAGCUUCUCUAAAAACCACACUCACCCUGGCCUCUCAGAGGUCCAGCUUCCCCUCUAGGCCUUUGCUCCCUUCCUGGGUUGCUGGCCUGGAGCACAGGCCUGUGUGUCUAUGCAGUGGUGUUGCCCCUCCCUCUGACGGGAAGCUCACCUUCCUUAUGGAUGCAUCAUUGGACCGGCUGCUGUGCACUGAGCACUUACUGUCUACCAGGUGCUGUGCUGGGACCUUGUGCAUGGGGCACAAGUUGAAUUAGAUGUGCUUUGUGCCCCGGGGGAGCUGUCUGUCUAGUCCCUUCCCUAAUAGGACAGCUCAGGGAAACUGAGAAGUUGCCUGCUGAGAACCCCAGGUCGCCUCCCUUGGCUGUCCUCCUGUCCUGUCCUCCAAGGGCCAUGCCUGACAGCUUCUCAGGCCCAGCGGGUGGGUACUGGCUGUGGAGUGGAGUCACUGUGCUGGGAGGUGGAUGGCCAGUUGUGAGCUGAGGAGCCCUACCUUUUUAGGGCAGAGUAGGGUGUGUGAGCUGUCUGCUGUGGGGAGAGUGUGUUGAUGGCUCUGUAAGUGGCAGGUGUGUGUAGAGAUGUGCCUGUGGCUGGUGGGUGUGUCUAUCCUAGGGGGUGUGUUUGGAGCACUGGCCUCUGGAAACCAGCUCCUGGCCCCUCCCUCUGCCCCAUUCCUUCCUGCCAGCCCUAGUCCCUCUUAGCCCUGGCCAGGCUGGGUGGAGCCUAUAACCCAGACAGACCCUUGGGCCUAGCUGACAGCCAUCACAGCCCAUACCUGGACUCUCCUCUGCCUGAGGAGGGAGAGGGGGAGCACCCAGGUUAGGCAGGUCAGUCCCCCACAGACCUUGGAACCCAUUCCCAUUUCACAGGCUCCUCUAAACCCAGGUCUCUUGGCCAGUGGCUCCUCCAGAGGGCACCCCCGAAGCUGGGUGCUGGCCUGAAGCCUGGAUCAUACCCUCCCCGUAGCCAGGGGCAGGUCAGGCUGUGUGCCCAUGUGCCCCCCAAGUGGCUGGGGUUCACCUCAGUACAGCAGCUUUGCAGAACAGUUCCCCACCCAGCAAUUAGGGAGCUGUGCCGGCCAGUACAGCCAUCAAGGAGUGGGUGGGUGGCACCAAAACUUGGCAGCUGUGCCAGAAACCAAGGCCAGGCCCAGAUGUAGGGGGAGGGCACGAGAGAGCCAGACCUGGGGCGUCUCAGAGGGAACCGGAUCCCUGUUAGCUCAUCCAUGCUGGGCAAACCAGUUCUCGGGUCCCCAAGCCGGCUGGGUGGCUCUGAGGCUGGGUAGCUCUGGGGCCAGCUGAUCACAGGUGUCACUGUAGUGGCUACUGCUUCAGGGCAGCCUCUCCCUCCUGCCCUCAGGCUCAGCCCUCCCAUUCAGCCACCUCCCCAGCAGACUAGGCCCUGGCAGCCAGUUCUGUCCAGGAAUGUGGCGACCUCCCCGCACUGGGCUCCCUGCCUCUGGUGCCUCCUGUUCUCUGCUCAGAUAGUGUCAUACCUUCCAGCAGCUCUCUGGGCCCCUUUGCCUGUCACUUGAGGCUUCUGACACUGGCCUCCAGGGUCACUGGUGGUUGUGCCCCUUUUGGCCUCAGCAGCCCCUCCUAGCCCUCUGGGGCUUUUGUCCUCCAGGCAGAGUCCUCAGGGUGCUCAGGUCUUGCCGCCUCAGGGAAGCCAUCCCUGAAAUCACCCCCUACCCCUGUGCCCAGAGCCUCCUCUCUCCAUCGGCACUUUCCAUGCUGCUGUCAUGUUGGUUUGUACCCAUCUCCGUUGGGCAGUGGGCGUUGCCAGGGCAGGGCAGUGUCUUCUGUUUUUAUCCCCAAGCCUGCUCUGGCUGCAGCCCCGGAGGGCACUGUGAGGAUGUGGAGUCAACCGUGACCAGACCCCUCUCCCCUGUCUAGAAUGGGUUUGAUGGGGGCUGAGGUGGGAGGCUCCAACUCUGAAUGUUCGUUCACCAUUCCUGGGCACUUGGUCCAUGCCAGGUCUGUGCCAAGCCCGGGGGCUCCAGAGCCAGUUGCCAUCCAUUCCACAGAGAAGUGCUGAGGGCCUUCCUCAGGGCCAGGUGUGGUUCUCAGGUGAGAAAGCCAGGGUGGCCAAGGCCAUUGGGCCCCAGCCCUCAUGAGGCUUACUGGUCCAAAUAGUGACCAGGGCCAGGCAGGAGAUGAAGGGACCAGAGGAGAACCCAAGACAGCUUGGACAUACAGAGCUGGGGAUGACAGAGGGGCCUCCAUGGUGAUGAGCACGACAGCAGAGCACAGGAAGGGCAGAAGGGGCCUAUCUGAGAGCAAAUUUCUCUGAGAUUAGGGGUCUUUCUCCAGAGAGAGUGUAGACCCCACAGAUAACCCACCACCCUAGUAGGUGGGGGCUUAGGCCUCCAUAUUGGAUUCAGAAAAGAAAAUGAAUGUGGUGUUUCUCGCCGUAAGACCAAAAGUGAUGUGUGUCAUGAGAGGUGAGGUUGAGGGCCACAGGAGGGCUGGCUCACUUUUCCAAGAGGUGGGGUGGGGGAGGGGAAGGCCAGGAUGGCUUUCACAAAGAUUGGAGGGAUUUCCCCAGGAGCAGCGUGGGAUGAGGACAUCCCAAGAUGGGCUUGGGCUUGGACACAAGGAAGUGUCGGGCAGGUCCCAGGGAGGGGUCUUGCCUGGAAGAGGGUGAGAGAGAGGGUAGUUCCUAGACAGCCUGAAACUGUCAGCACAGGAGUCCCUAAGGCAGCCAAGGGGAAGGCCAGAACAAGGACCAGCUUUUUGUGUGUGUGACCUGUGUUAUCACACAGGGCUCUAUGCUUAGAAGGGGCCUAAGCUUGGUGUGAUGCUCUGCUAUCCCCAUCUUGAGCUUCUUUGAGACUGUUAAAACACAGGGCCUCACGUGUGCAUUUUGCUCUGGGUCCUGCAAAUUAUGUAGGCCAUCCAGGCUUGAACGAAAGACUUCUAAGGAAGGAGAGAACAGGGAGAGGAGGCAGGGGACUUUCAGAGGCACCUGGAAGGUGGAAGAAGGAGACUGUGGUCUGAGCAGGUCCUGGGCCUGGCCAGGGAGGGCAGCUGCGGCUCUCCUGGGCCAAGCCCUGGUGCUCCCAGGUUCUGCAGAGGAGGGCAGGCCAUGGCUGCAUUACCCACCGCUGCCCUCAGCCCCAGCAGCUCGCAGAGAUGGUCUGCCUUCUAGCUCAGCCUUCCAGAUUGGCUUUGGGAGGCAGGGAACCUUGUAUUUUCAGAGGAAUGCUUGACCCUGGAGGGCUUUUCCUCUCUGCAAGAACUGUUAUUUUUACUUCUGGGGUUUUGUUUGUUUGUUUCAAAGAUUUAUAUAAUGUGAUAUGUGUACCUGUUCUUGCCCCAUUUUUAAGGUUAAUUUACAUACAGGAAAAUUCACCCACAUUAGGAUACAGUUUUUAGAAUUUUCACAAAUGCAAAGUUGUAUAACCCUACAAUCAAGAUAGAGAAUAACUCAAGCCCCCUGUGCCCCGCCACAGUCAACCCUUCUUCCCCAGCCCCUGGCAACCACUGAUUGUUCUCAAUAACCUUGUGAUGUUUUUUCCUUUUCGCAAGUGGUGUUUAAUCCCUUUGCUCUAAUAUGUAAUAUUAGAACGUAUUACAAAGUAGCAAGAAAAACAAUUUGACAAUGGUGUAAAAAUAAAUUACCCCUCCAUGGAAAGAAUGAAGAACCAGAAACAGAUUCUAUUCUGUGGAAGAUCUUAUACAAUAAGGGGUCUCAAAACGGGAGUAAGGAAGGAUUAUUUAACAAGAGCUGCUGGGAUAACUGGACAAAACUUUGGGGAAAAAAUAGGUCAUAUUUUGAAUCAUCCCUGUCAAAAUAAAAUGGAUGUUUACUGA